AUGAUAUACAUAUAUAUUUAAAGCCUUUGGGGAGACAAGUCUCAAUAUCACUUUGAACUCUAGCAACUAAAGUAGGAUUUUAUGCUGUCUCACUACUAGCUACUUUCUCCUUAAUUAACUCAGAAAAAUGAUGUCCAAUGAUCCAGGUGGUGGUGGUGGAGAAGCCGGCUCAUCAUCAUCUUCAAAACCAGCUUCUGCUUCAGCAGCCGAUCAACAGCAGCCGGCUCAGCUGAGCCGCUACGAGUCCCAGAAGCGGCGGGACUGGAACACCUUCGGGCAGUACCUGAGGAACCAGCGGCCGCCGGUGGCGCUGUCGCAGUGCAACUACAGCCACGUGCUGGAUUUCAUGCGGUACCUGGACCAGUUCGGGAAGACUAAGGUGCACAUACAAGGGUGCGUGUUCUUCGGGCAGCCCGAGCCGGCGGGGCCCUGCACCUGCCCGCUUAGACAGGCGUGGGGCAGUCUCGACGCGCUCAUCGGGCGCCUCCGCGCAGCCUACGAGGAGAACGGCGGUGUCCCGGAGACGAACCCGUUCGCCAACGGGGCCAUACGCGUGUACCUGAGGGAGGUUAGGGAUUCGCAGGCGAAGGCGCGUGGGAUCCCGUACAAGAAGAAGAAGAAGAGAAGGAAGCCUAAUCAUGAAGAGAUGAGCUCAAGUUUUCAUCAGAUGCAGUGAUGAUCCAUCUUCAGGGACGUCUAUGAUUGUCCUCCUCCUCAUCAUCAACAUUUCCGAAACAUGGUAAAAAUUUUCCUGUGUAUUAAUUACUAUGAAUUUGCGUUGCUAAAUUAGUGUACUUGUUCAUGAUGAUCAUCACUUGAAUUUCUUCUUUGAUCUUGAUGAGCCAAGAAAUGUAUAAGAUUUCUUCAACUCUUUUUAUAUAUGAUCCAUCAUAAACCAAA